AAACGUAACAUAAACAAUGGCCGUGCCGAGCAAGCAAGCCGCCGCCGCCGCUUUAUGGAAAAAGUAAACACGCACGUGAAAUAAGAUAAAAUAACUCCCUUUGCCUUCGCAGACGGACGACGCCGCACAUCGAUUCCGCCGAGCCUCCGCCCUGCCGCCGCCACCAAUUUCAAACGAGCCAAUAGCGAGCCCCCUUUUUAAAAAAAGAACCGACGUGCCAACUCCGCCCACCGCACGGUCGAACCAAUCGCAACGUUCGAAGGCGGAACCUAACCGGGCGGCCGUUGCGCCUCCGCCGUCCCGCGUCUCAGUACGGCACGGCUCGGUCCGUGGACGUGUCGUCUGCGUUGGUCUGUGGUUUCAGCUUCGGGUACCGAGUACGGCGCUAGGCCUAGCCGAUCUUCUUUUUGUAUUUGUUUCCUGCCGUUUUCUGUGAAUGCGAUGGACGUACCUACGGUGGAUGUGCGGUGCCGUCGGCUUCGCGGCGGCACCGCCGCUGUGACCACGAGCAGUGCCGUGCCGUGAGUGUGUCCUUGCCGUUCGGUCUGGGAGACGACGUCGUCGUCGUCGGCGGCGCAGCGUCGUCGACACCCGAGCAAGGAGCUACCGCCUGUACCCAGGUCGUAGUUCCUUGCCGUGCGGCGGGGUCGUCACGAAUUGGGACGUGCAGCUCGGAGGACGCUCGAACUUCGGCGAGGUCGUCGUGUUGGUCGGCUUCGAGCGACGUCUUCUUUCAGUCCUUGCAGCCAGUUUAGGAGGCGCCGGUGGUGCUUGCGUCAAACAACGUCGUUGUCGCCGGGACUGCGAUCCCGGCCGCCCUCAUUCAAGCUGGUGCUCCGACCCACAGCCAAGAUUUCGCCGUCCAAAGCCGACGCCAGCGUCGGCUCCAUGAGCGAGGCCAUGCCGCAGAUGUGCGGCUCGGCGUCGUCGGACAAGCACGGCGUGACGCACUGCCGCGGGAGCUCGCUGUCUCGGCGCGUCUGCGUGGGCUGCGGUGCCCCGAUCCGGGACCAGUACAUCCUCCGCGUGGCCCCGGACCUGGAGUGGCACGCCGCCUGCCUCAAGUGCGCCGACUGCCAGCAGUUCCUCGACGAGACGUGCACCUGCUUUGUGCGAGACGGCAAGACCUACUGCAAGCGAGACUACGUCAGGCUGUUCGGCGCCAAGUGCUCCAAGUGCCAGCAGGGCUUCAGCCGCACGGACUUCGUGAUGCGGGCCCGGCAGCACAUCUACCACCUGGACUGCUUUCGGUGCCAGGCCUGCGCCCGGCAGCUCAUCCCGGGCGACGAGUUCGCGCUGCGAGACGACGGCCUCUUCUGCAGGGCGGACCACGACGUGCUCGACAAGUUCGCGGCAGCCCCCGGCGCCGCCGCGCCGCCGGCAAACGGCAUACACGUGGCACCCAACGCGGAACCCGUGCCGGUGAGUGGCGGACCGGGCCACCGUGGAGGCGGAGGGUGCGGCCAACCUCGGGGGCACACGCAGGGCAAGCAGCAACACCAGGGGUCUUCGGAUUCGGGUGGUGUCGGUCAGCAGGGCCAGCAGGCGCAGCACAAGCCGACUCGGGUGCGGACGGUGCUGAACGAGAAGCAGCUGCACACGCUGCGCACUUGCUACGCGGCCAACCCGAGGCCGGACGCGCUCAUGAAGGAGCAGCUGGUCGAGAUGACGGGCCUGUCGCCCAGGGUCAUCAGGGUCUGGUUCCAGAACAAGCGCUGCAAGGACAAGAAGAAGAGCCUCCUCAUGAAGCAGAUGCAGCAGCACGAAAAGGACGGUCGUCCGCUGAGCCUGGGCGCCCUCCGCGGCGUGCCCAUGGUGGCCAGCAGCCCCGUGCGGCACGAGGGCAGCGCCAGCCCCCAGCCGCUCGAGGUGCACGCGUACCAACCUCCGUGGAAGGCGCUCGCAGAGUACGCCAUGCACCCGCAGGACGUGGACCCGUCCACGCCACACUUCCAGCACCUCGUCAACCAGAUGCACGGCUACGACACGGGCGACCCCGGCGGCCACUGUCUCGGGGGCGUGAUCCCCCUCUCGGUGCCCGGGGCCUACCUGUGCCCGGACGACGGCCUGGGCUCGUCGCCUGGUAACCUCUCCCACUCGAGUCACCUGCCCGGCACGCCGUCCGAGCUUUCCAGUCCCGAAUGACGCCCGCAGAGACGGCCGGGUCGUCCCCGGAGCCGAAGGCAGGGACGACCGCCGCCAUGACCUCUGGAGGGCACCCAGUGUCCGUUCAGACCCAUCUCCCUCUCGCCCUCCUGCCCUCACCCGCCCGCACACGCGACGUACCCGGUGGACAAGGGAUGGGACACGAGAAAGAGUUCACCACGGCGCUUGAGCCCAUAGGCCAAGACCCAGAAGACCUCCUGAAGACGUCUUCAGCAAAGAAGCCUCCAGGUCUCCGGGCCAAGAUCUCCUAAAGGCCUCUUAAGCAAAGAGGAAUACAGGCCAAGACCUCCAAGAUCUCCGAAAGACGUCUUUAGCAUAGCCGAGGCCCACGAACAAACGUGUACUUCAGCGUGAGCAUUGCAAAAUACGAGCUUUGAUAGAGUCGGCAGCCUGAAGAAAGUUCGCUUUAUGUAAGCGAAGUCUUGCAGAAGAUAACCAAACCGCAAGAGGCUGUGCCACUAUAAAAGACAGUUUAUCCCCCCAAAAAAAUGUGUUUGGCUAGAAAACACGCGUAGGGCAAGCAGACGACACUCGAAAGAACAAAAACCUUUGGGCAAUGUCCCAGUGCAGGACACAUCUUGACAAGACGUGAAGGACAAGCCAGGUCGCACACCAUCUUGAAAACCGACUUCCAGAAGACAGGCAGUCAUCUUCAAAGCGUCCAUCUAAAUAACAUUCAUAAAACAGGAACGUCUGUGAGACACAGUUCCCACAGAAAUCACCGUGAAACGUCGGAUUCCAGCUGAAAAAUAGCAUUCUUUCCAUGGUGCAGGAAGAUCAAAAACCACCGGCGUCGUUCGUGUCGUACACUUGCAUGGCACAGGGACGCCAGUCUUCUCCAAAGAGAACCAGACUGCCGAGUUGCAAAUAGUUUGCGGGACCUAUGAAACCAGCCCCUCGCCCAGUCUCAGUGCAUCUGGACAGCUUAAAAGCCGGCGGACAACAGAUGCAGGAGGGAUCGGCAAUUUCGCGAAGCGGUCAUCGAGCUCGACAAUACUGAGAGUGAUUCAACCGCCAUUCCGCGAGCCUCCCUUACCCCCUUGAACCCAACGAACCCACUUCCCUUCCUUCCCCCAAAAGGUCACUAUUUAUUCCCCAAAAGGAGGCUGUGCCACUUGACUUUCAAGUCUUCAGCGCUGCAGACCGUGCACUACUGGCAACAUGUUUAUGUGGACUGAAGGGGCUUCUGCUCGCCUCGCCACGAACUGUGCUGUUCUUUGUUGUUUGUGAAAACAUCGUACUGAAGACUCUGAACUGGGACUAUGGACGGAACAAAAAGACAAGAAGAAAAAGCUUUUCUCUCUUCUUUUCUUUUUUUUUUUUUUUUCAUUUUGCUGCCGAUAUCGGCACCGGUCAGCAGUAGAUCCAAGUGAAAAAACUAGUCGCCUCUGUUAUGUGCCGUACAUUCAUCGCUCUUUGCAGCUGCUAUACAAUGAUGGUCAUUUUUGGCUGGAACAUCGGUAUAUUUUACAUCCCUCAAAAUGUGUUUAAAGAAAACUUUUAAUUUUAUUAAGUUAGCGAGUGUUCAAGUGUAGCACCAGCUUUUAUUCGCGCUCAUUGAUGAUCAGUGAUGACGGAUAUUCGUUAUCUGCUCCAUCGGAGCGCACAAAUUGAACAAAGCAUCGCAAUUACAGUAUUACACAAUUUUAAUACAAAAUUAUCUUGUUUUAUUUUUGUUUUUAUCAUACAGCGUAAUGCGCUGUGAAAAUAUGACGAUAUUUUAGAUAUAUUCGAAGAAAAAAAGCAUAUAGUAAAAACAAUCUUCAGAAACUUCGCAAGAAUGUGCAAGUUCCUCAUAAUGGCUUUAGUCUCGCUGCGGAGAGUUCAACUUUGAAGCCGUUUGCCGAAACCUGGAGAGACUCGUAAAUUUUAAUGUUUUUCUUGUGGACUUUUAAGUUUUUAUAGACUAAAGUUGGAUAGUGCCACUCAUCUUCGAUCCGUUCUUUUGACACUGAAUCUAGUUAUUCCUUACUGUUGCUCAUCCAGUUCACGCAAGCAGCCAUUGCGUACUCUGUUGACGUUCCAGCCAAUGGUGACUCAAAAACAGCGCACACAUUCUCUACAACAUCCGUUUCCGUUCACACCUCUCCCAGAGUGUACGCGAGUGCUGGUUGCCGGUAAGCGGCGACCAGAAAAAGCAAAAAGCGACAAAAAUGAAAAUAAAAGUGACUUUGGACGCAUACGCGUCGUCCGAGUCAGUUCAGAGA